AUAAUCGCUUUAUGCUUUAUAUAAUGAUAUUUAAUUAGUAUAAAUGAUAUAUGUAUAUGUAUUUUAUUAUUACAAUGUAACGAUAUGAUGUAUUUUUAACGUAAUGUAACUUUCAAUUUAACUACAAUGUAUAAAUUGUGUUUUAUAUGCUGUCAACAAAUUUUACGCUUAUUACAUAAUAUCUCGAGUGAUUUCAAAAUGAGAGCUAUCAUCAUGUUACGCGUAUGCGUAAAAAAAAACAAGAAUAUCAACAUAUCAAUUUAAAGAUGUUCCAUAACCUGUGUGAUUAAACAUUUCUUAAUGUACUUACCGGAUACGUUUGUGCUGUAAUAUUUUACAUUAUUUGUACUAAUAUUUUGUAUUUUAUUAUUAAUUUGUACAAAAUAGAUAAUAAACAGCCAAAAUGAUAAAAAGUGGUACAUUAAAACUAAAUUGCGUAGCUGGUAAUUCAAUUAAUAAACUUAGGUAUUUAUCAGCACAAGGUUCUGGUACAGGUAAGGACAUGGGUUUCAAAUUUGACAAUCACAAUCCAAAGCCUAUUAUAUUACCACCUGAAACAAUGCCAUCGACACCAUAUCCAACUCCUGUGGUAGAAAUACCAGGCCCUAUCGUUGAACCUACACUUCCUCAAUCGAUACCUCAACCUCAACCUCAACCAGAUUCUAAACCACCUACUGAAAUUCCAAUGCCUAAUAAAACUACAAUUGCAGCCAAGGAAGUACAACAAAGUAUAGAAGAUGAUGUCUUGUUUGAAGAUGUGGGAAACAAAGGUGUUAUCAUAUUAAAUCGUCCAAAAGCACUGAAUGCCUUAAAUUUGUCAAUGGUUGAAAAAAUAUAUCCAGUACUUAAAAAAUGGGAAUCAUCUAAAAGAUUAGUAAUAAUAGAAGGUGCGGGAGAGAAAGCAUUUUGUGCAGGUGGUGAUGUGAAAUCUAUCGUUAAUGCAUUAAGGGAAACUGAGAAUAAAAUCUUAGGUGAAACAUUUUUCAGAAAGGAGUAUACUUUAAAUCACCUCAUUGGUAGAUAUAAAAUACCAUAUAUAGCUACAAUAGAUGGAAUAACUAUGGGUGGCGGUGUUGGAUUAUCUGUUCAUGGUAAAUAUCGGAUUGCAACAGAGAAGACAUUAUUUGCAAUGCCAGAAACAGCAAUUGGAUUAUUUCCUGAUGUCGGUGGGACUUUUUUUUUACCUAGGUUGAAAGGCAAAUUGGGUCUUUAUCUUGGAUUAACUGGAGAUCGAUUAAAAGGCAUUGAUGUAGUACUCGCUGGCAUUGCAACGCAUUUCAUUCCUUCCGAAAAGUUACCAUAUUUAAAACAAGAUCUAUUAACAACUGAACAAUCUGAUGUUAAGGAAGUCUUAAACAAGUAUCAAUGUAUAAAAUUCAAUCAAGAAUUCCGUUUAGCACCAUAUAUGAAUAAAAUUGAUACAUAUUUUUCUGCAUCAUCUGUAGAAGAAAUAAUACAAAGAUUAAAAGAGGAUAAUUCAGAAUGGGCCAAAAAUACAUUGCAAAUGUUAUUAAAAGCAUCUCCUACUUCUCUAAAAGUCACUAUGCGUGCUAUUCAAAAAGGGAGCACAUUAAAUCUGUCAGACUGUUUAAAAAUGGAAUAUAGAUUAGCGUGUACUGCUUUGAGCAGAACAAGCGAUUUUUGCGAAGGCGUAAGAGCUCUUUUAAUCGAUAAAGAUCAGAAGCCAAUGUGGAAUCCUAACAGUUUAAGAGAAGUAACAGAUGCUUAUGUAAAUCAACAAUUUACAAAACUUUUAGAAGAAAAAGAAUUGCAGCUUUGAAACUGAUCAGAAUAUUAAGGAAAUGGCACAAUAAAUGGAGAUUAUAUAAAAUAUAACUCGCACGUGAGCGCGCGCGCCCACACACACACACACACACACACACAAACUAUACAUUAUGUAUGAAAAACAAUGAACAAAAUAUAUAAGUGCUUAUAAUUAUUAUGUUAA